UCUCCAUUUCGACGUUCGUGCUUUGUUCUCGUUCUCCUCGCGACGAUUGCGCGACGACCGGAUGGUGGUAUUUCCUGCGCCACGGACUGGCCUAAAGUGUCCUAGAGCGAGGAUUUAAGGAAUCCGAGACGUGUUUCUCGCGGCAGAUCGGAGUACAGAGUUAGUGUGGCCAAGCGCCGUCCGUCGUGGAGGACACGAGUCCGCCGAGUCUCGUCACACUCGGCGACUUGAGAGAAAUCGUCAGCAUUGCGGGUGACGCCGGCUGCCUUGGAGCCUCGUUAGAAUCUUGAGUCUCCGCUGAGGCCCCGCGCAGGCCUCGCAGUACCGCGCGACCAAGGUUGAAAGUUCGUUCGUUAUAGUUUCGCUAGUGCAGUACAAAAAAUACGGUUCGUGAUUUAUCGGUACUUUCUUAGUUUGUGUUGUGUUCAAGUUGAAAAGUUUAAAACGACACUCUAAAAAGUUCCGCGCGAAAAAAGUCCGAGUAAAAACAGUACGGUAUUCGUAUAUGUGACCCGCAAGCAAAGUUCGGUUUCAGUAAUAAAGUAUAAAAAAAAAGUUUUGAAUAAAAAAAGAGAAAAAAAAGUCAAAAGUUGUGAUAUAAAGAAAGUAUGUUCGACAUGAUAUGGAUCGCGCGCGUUGUGCCAUCAAGAGCGAAUACUUCACAGACUCUGAUUGAUCCAGGCUGAAAUACUGUUCGACAUGUCCGACUCUGGUACAGACAGUACUUCAACGGAGGGAUAUGAUGAAGGUAAUCGACUUGCUUCGGUCGGAGAUGAGGUAACAUCGUCACGCUAUUCGCAUCACUCUUCCGGAUCGGAGCGACGAAAGUCCGCUGCGAGCUCCAUCUUCUCCGGGGAAAAAUCUCCCCGAUCGCCGUUAUCAGGCGGCGAAUCCAAGUCGCCACGGUCUCCCCCAUUAUCACCGAAAUCGCAGCGAUCCGGGAUAAUGUCUCCUAGUGAGGAAGGUUCCCCAAGAUCGAUUCGUAGUUUAUCAAAAUCUCCACCGCCCAUGUCACCGCCACAGUCACCCGAAUCGCCAACAUAUCGCCCUCCCGCAUCGCCGACAUAUCAACCGAACGACUCGCCAAAGUCUUACCAUUCAGGAAACAACUCUCUUGACUCACCCCGAUCGGACCGGAGUCUGUCUCGAUCGCCCAUACGGGACAACGGGUCGUGUCUCUCCCCCUCGAACGAUUCUAAAUCUAUGCGCUUUGAAGAUGCCGAGUCGAAGGCGUCUGACCUCGAAACAGAUAUGCAAAGAUCUGUCGACAACUCAUUAAAAUCAUACUCGUACAAGAACAGCGAGUCCAGACAAAGUUCACCAAAAUCGCCUAGAUCUGGUCCAAGUUCCGUGAAAUCUUUAAUAUCAGCGAGGAGUUCACCGAAAUCGUUCAAAUCCGGUCCGGCGUCUCCUAUAGAUGAUCACGAAUCGGACAAACCCUCACCGGCGCAUUCAGGCCCUCGGUCUCCCGAAGAGGAGAAAAAUGGGUCCUAUAACGAAUUGGACGGCGAACAAAUCUCGGAUGGGGACAUUGAGGACGAACCAGAGCCCAUGUCUAAAUCUAAACCUACACCUAUGACCCAUAGCGAGGAUUUAUCGGACGUAUCGGAUCUUGAGAGCAUAGACGGUCCUGAAGACUCCACUGAUCAAAACACAGAAGUAGACAAGAUUCAAGAACAAACUGAUAAACAAGAAAUUACUAAUGACGAUGAAAAUACAAAAAAAGAAGACAAAAUUGCACCAGUUGGCUUGACAGAAGAAAGUGAGCAACUAGACUUUGAAGCCGAUGGUCAAUGGAAAGACGAACGUGACGAAGGUGAAGCUGAGGCCCCUACAAAAGAAAUUAAAGAUAAUACAGAGAAGGAUAGCAAAGAUAAAGAUAAAGAUAAGAACAAGGACAAAGAUAAGGCGAAAUCAAAAGAAUCUGGCGAAAUAAACGAUAAGGAAGAAGGAGAAGAGGGAGAAAAAGAGGAGUCUGAGUUGGAGGAGGGAGAGCUUAGCGAUGGAGAUGACGCACGACCCGAAGAGACUGAACCCAGACCAGUAUGUCGCUUUUAUAGUCGGGGCCAAUGUACAUGGGGCGUUAGUUGUAGAUUUUUACAUCCAGGUGUGACAGAUAAAGGUAAUUACACUAUGUUCGAUAUGGUGAGGCCUAUGGCAUAUCCGCCACAUGCCACCGCGCCACACGAAUAUAGAUCCCACAUCGACAGACCGAGUAUGCGAUCGUCGAUACCCGGUUAUGGUGCUCCUACACACGCACCUAAGGUGGAAGAAACGCCGACUGAAUCUGCUUGGGAACGCGGUCUACGCCAUGCCAAGGAAAUGAUGCGAAAGGCCAAUAAACGUAAAGAAUCGGACAUGGAUUUCGAAGAAAAGAAAAUGAACUUGAGUUUAGGACAGGAUGAAUUGGAUAGAGAAGCGGGAUACUAUGUAAGAGCUGCUAGUCCUGAGCCGCCGGUCGAAAGAUGGUCACAACGAGAAGUACCACGCCGAGUAUCAUCUUCUAGACUAACGCCGGAAAGAUAUGUUGACGAGCCCGAAGGAUACUAUCCUCCGUCCGCGUCAACUGACUAUUAUAGGCGAGUGCAUUACAAAGAGUCAUCACGCGAGUAUCGGGAUCGUUUUGAUUAUCAUGCGAUUCCUCGUGGUGCGCAUUCGGUUUCUCCGCCACCCCACCAUCGUGAACGCGAGAGAGAACGAGAUCGUGAGCGUGACAGAGAACGUGAUUAUUACGAGAAGUACGAAAAGAAGCAUAAGCGGCCGUCGCGGGAAGUCAUUGUAGAACGAAUCCCUCCAUCGAAACCUUGGCGAGAGGAAGAACCACCUCCUACUGAAAGGAGUAGAGGUGACGAAUGGGCGGAUCCAUGGAUGCGGCGCAAGUCCCCGAGUACUGUACGCCGCAACACGUCGUCUCGCCGACAACCCCGGCGGCAGUCCUAUUCUUCUGGAUCUUCGUAUUCAUCAACGAGUUCUAGCCGUAGCUCCAGUCGUUCUAGCUACAGUUCUUACGACUCCCUAUCCAGGUCUCGUUCACCUUCCCCUCCGACUAGAACUCGGUCUACUGGCAAAAGCAAGACCACUGUUCUUACUUCACCUCCUUCGAAUCCCCCGGCUGUCCCCGCAGCCACGCCUCAACGAGGUGCUAUGCUAAUGAAUCCUCCCGCUCCCUCUCCUCGUCCACCCAAAGGUUCUAUCUCUCCCACAACGGGAACGCUGCAUCGAAGGGCCGGACUGAAUCCACCUGCCCCAAGUCCACUAUCGUCUCAUCGUCAUCACGACAAAGCCAGGGAGCAAAAGGCUGCUAUGGCUGCAGCUGCUGUGGCUAAAAUCAUUAAAAGUCGUUCUAGAUCUAGAUCAUCUCAUAGUAGUUCGGGAUCGGAGAGCAGCGGAAGUAGUAGCGACUCCAGCGAAUCAAGUUAUUCGUCGUCCUCCAGCGAGACGCGUAGAAGAAAGGGUUCGACACCGCCGAUACCACGUAAAGAUUCCAAAGGUAUCGACGCUUUGAAACUGAGCGGCGCGAAACAGCAGAUUAAGUUAACGCUGAAGCCCACGAGCAACGCUACAGCCGUAAAAAAGAUCGACCGUAGUGCACUUAUGGCAGGUAAAAAGCGGGGUAUUGAGUCACCACCGUUGAUCGAUAACAAAGCGCAAGUGGCCGCGGCGGCAGCUAAAGCCGCUAAGAAAGCGAGCUCACGGCGCGAGGAAUUAUUGAAGCAACUAAAGGCCGUGGAAGAUGCGAUUGCGCGUAAAAGGUCGAAGGUUUAAAUCGACUCGAUUAACGAUAGCAUGCGCUUUUCAUGAACAGGGAUUGAAAACAGUAUAACAGUAUAAAUAAUAAAUAUACAUAUAUAGAUGUGAACGAAAGAAAUUAAUUGAUAUAAAUUUCGACAUAACAUAUGUAUACCGAUAUAGAAAUAAUUUUUCGAGAAAACUAGCGUUGUCCAAUUAAAUAGAUUUGUAGCACGCUGUGAUAUGUAUUUUACGAAAAAGAUAUUUAAUGAUGUAUCAUACUUAUUGAG